CGCGCCCCCGGGAAGGACUAGACUGCGCCCCCUCUUUUCCUCUUCCAAGCUCGGAGUGCCCUAGUGCUGGAGAUGCAUGAAACUUCAGCCCAGUGGGAACUAACAGCGGGCACUAGCUCGUCAGGGGCUCCCUGAGAUCUCCGGGCUGUAGAAGGAUUCGGGUAUAUAAGCAGAUAACAGUGAAACAGCAAAGUCGGGGAAUUUACAGUAUCAGUGUACUCCAGAGUAUCCUGCAAGGACAACAUGGUCAGGCAGUGGUUUUUGGCUUCAUGCCUCCUCCUCCACCUCUUGCCCUCAUCAUCUGCAGGUCCCAUCCCUAAAGCUGAAUGCCUGCUGUCAAAUGUUACUGAAUCAUACCCUGUGCAAGCAUUGCUGGAAAGCUACGCUAUUUUAUCUGGCUGUGCAAGCAACGGAACAAUAAGUCAUCCCCAAGAGGUGCAUAUCAUAAAUCUGAAAUGUGUAGAGAAGGAACCAUGUCAGAGUACUGCAGAGGUCACAUUGCAUUUGACCCCAAUCUCAACAAUUUUAGUUCAUCACAAACCUCUGGUGUUCAUCCUAAACUCCCCGCGCCCCGUGACGUGGGAGCUGAAGACUAACAGACUUGCAGCAGGCGUUAGAAGAUUUUACUUUGUAUCCCAAGGAUCUUCAGUUAAGUAUGAUACAGAAAGCUCUCCACCAUCACAGUCACAAGAAAUACUCCCUUCUGGUAAUGAGCACCUGUUGCAGUGGUCCAUGAAUAAGUAUGGAGCUGUCACAUCUUUUACCGAAGUCAAAAUGACCAAAAAUAUUCACAUUAAAGUGGGAGAAGACAAGAAUUUUCCUGCAACAUGCAGAAUAGAAAAGAAAUUCCUGUCUCUGAAUUAUCUUGCUCGCUAUGUGCACCAGCAGCCUGCUAUGGGCUGCAUUCUAGGGUCCAGAGAAGAGAGAGAUGUUUACAUCAUUGAGCUUGGUUCUCCAAGUUCCAAGCUUUCCAGUUCAUUCCAGGUUGACAUCGUCAUUGACAUCAGUCCACGGCAUCCCGAUGUCCAACUUGUCAAGAACCUUGUACUUAUUCUUAAGUGUACAGAAGCCGUCAACUGGGUUAUUAGGAAUCACAAUAUUGGAGGCAAAUUAGAAGUCCUGUCACCAAACAGCAUAAGCUUUGGAAAAGGGACUGAAAUGUUCCUGAUCAUAGAUAAAUUAGUGGUCGAAAACAUUCCCUCCACACAGGAGAGCUUACUCAAGUGGGCCUCUGUUGAGAAUUACACGGUGACAUCCUACACUUACGUGCCAGUGGCAAACAAGUUCCACAUUAAACUUGAUGACAUAGAGAUGAACGACGAAGAGAACCAUACUCCUCCCCCUGAACUGCUUGAUUUGCUUCGCAUUGGUAACCCAAAUGUGAUGUUACCUAUCGAUAGAGGAAGGGAAAAGUUUGGACUAAUAACAGAAGACAUUAUACCUAUGAUACUGCAAGACAACAGCAAUGAUAAGCCCGAGGAAGUGCAGGGAAAUAUUAAUGUGGCCUUGUCUGUGAAGUGUGAUGAGAACAAGAUGGUGGCAGCAAUUGAAAAGAGCAGUUUGGAGGCCAAUGAAUACGUAGGGACAGAGCUAUCUCUACUUGACCCAACUUGCAGAGCAAGAGAAAAUGCCACUCACUUUAUCUUAGAGUCUUCUCUGACGGAAUGUGGAACACAGCACAGAAUUGAUGACUUAAGCAUUAUUUACUACAAUACUAUUGUUAUACAGCUAUCACCACCCACUGAGGGAAGUGGCUGGCCUAGCGAUUACGAGGAUUUGGAAUCUGGAGAUAGCGGUUUUCCAGGAGACGCAGAUGAAACUGAAAUAGGUCUUCCCUACUUGAACCGGCCUGAAAUUGUGGUGUUUAACUGCACAGUGCCACAAGAUACUGUACCUGCCUUUGGCCUUCAUCCCUACGCCACAAUAGACAAUGUUACGUUUAACAUGGAGCUGCAUAAAACAGAUCUGUUCAAUACUCUUUCUCAGAACCUCUUCUCUGUGGCUGAAAACGGGCAGGUCUAUGUGGAGGUCUCUUUAACCAAAGCAGUGAAGGAAUUAAGCUUUGCCAUCCAAACCUGUUUCGUUUCUCAUUCUUCCAAUCCCGAUAUCCUAACCCAGUACACAAUUAUAGAGAACAUCUGUCCGAAAGAUGAAUCUGUCAAAUUUUACAACGUGAAAAGAAUGAAUGAGCUUCAGGAACAAACUGAGAAAAAGCGGUUCAGCUUCAUGUUUAGAUACAUGUUUAACACUUCUCUACUUUUCCUACACUGCGAGCUGACCCUGUGCACAAAUAAGGAAGGAGGAGGAAUGGAGAAUCUGCCGAAGUGCAUUGAACUUGAUGAAGCCUGCACUUCCCUUACCACCAGUAUGAUACUUUCUAUGAUGCAGAACAAGAAGACAGUCACAAGACCAUUGGCAGUGAUCACGUUAGAGAACCCCGCAGAUAACUCCAAAAAUCAGAACAGUCCAAGUAUACCCGAACCUGUUUUCUACGGUCUGGACACACCGACGGUGGUCGGAAUUGCAUUUGCAGCUUUCAUAAUUGGUGCACUGUUAACGGCAGCAUUGUGGUACAUCUAUUCUCACACAGGUGAUACAGCAGGAAGACAGCAGGUCCCCACAUCCCCACCGGCCUCCGAAAACAGCAGUGCAGCUCACAGCAUUGGCAGUACACAAAGCACCCCCUGUUCUAGCAACAGUAAUGCCUGACCCAAGAAAACAGCACAGGAAGACUGAAGAUCAGCUCCAGGGGCAGAGGUUCAAAGUCACUGUUGACAUUAGCUCUCCAUGGUUGGAAGGAAUCAUAUGAGUUCUUUCUGAAAGGAAAAAGAGAUCUCAGUGUAAAAUCUGCCUGUUUUUUUUUUUACUUACUGGAUGAAUGCAGUCUUUGGGUCAGUCCAGAGAACGUCAUGCCAAAAAAAGUGGUAAUACUACUAAUUAUGCAGUGUGCAAUCCUGCAACAUGAGUUUCCUUGGCUGUCAAUGUGAAAUGUGUGCCAGUUUUGAAAAUGCUGCUUACAUCCCAUUUAACCUGUAUUAAGGUGCCAUGGUUUUGUCUAUAAAAGCAAAGAAAAUUUUAUAUAUACAUAUACUAUGUAUAUUUUAACAUUGAUUGAGGUACCAUGACAGCUUUAAUGCAGUGUAAAAUAUUUAGCCACUAUAAAGCAGCUGUGUGUUGAAUGUUAGUGUUUGCUGAAGUGUGUGUUUGUGUAUAGUAGUAUUGUACAGUCUGAUCAGCCUUCUCAGUGUGAUGGACCAAUGUCAUCGCACCUCUCAACUUCUAUAUUACUUUUAAUAUAAACAACACGUUACGUCUUAAUCCCAGCAUAAAGACAGUACUGCAUAGGUGUGGCUUUGUCCAAAUAGUUUGCCUGCUGCACUUGGUGUCUGUUGUUGAGGAAUGCUGUCCAAUUUUUCUCUUUCAUUGUAGAGAAUAAUCAAAAGAGUAGAGAAGAGUUUAUUUCUGUUUUGUUGUUGUCGUUGUUUCGUUUUUUUUAUAACUUUUUUUGUUAUUUGAUUUUGGGCACUUUUUGUCUUUUAUUGUUUUAGGGUGAUUGUAGUAAGUUGCAGAGCAAUUUCAAGCAGUCCGCAUUUGCAAUAAACAGACGUUAAAUGAUGAUAGGUAUUAAACCUGCCCGUAGCAAGGAUGCAGUUGAAUGUAUGUAAAUAUAAAAUAUCCUGGAACAUUAGAGAAAUAAUAAUCACAAUUAACAACAUUAUUUUCGUACUUUUUAUGAAAAAAAUCGGUCUUUGCCAAUUAACUCUUUGCAAAUUGUAUGCUAAAUUCCUAAUACUUACUUUCUCCACUAACUAGACCAUAACCUGCUUACAUAGUAACUGUGGUUCAUUAAUAACACAAAUAUAAAAAAGUGAUCAUACAGUAUAUGCAGUAAAUGAUCGUACAGUAUAUGUAAUAUCUCAAAAACAGUAUAUAAGUCUAGCAGGAAAUGUAAACCAACAAGAAUUUACAGUACAAAAAAAUACAUAAAAUAUCCACUGCAAGAGUAAAUCAUAGAUUAGGUGAUUCUAGUGAUUUCUGGUGUAGGAAAGUAUUCUAUAUUAUUCAGUCUCCAUGUGCAGAGUGAUCAUAUAAUGAUGGGACAUCAUCAGUUAUCUAGCUGUUGGUGAAUUAUAGUUUCCAUUGGCUGGCAGACUGGGCAUCAUGUAGUUUGCCAACAGCUGGAAUGUAGAGGGAUAUGAAACUCCAAUUUGGAGCAAGUUCUAGAUCCCACAUGCGACCAGGAGAUAGUUGGCAGGUAUGCAUCUAUGGCACUUGCUGAACUAUGUGACAAACCCUACAGUCUCCAUUAUACACUUCUGGUUUACUAACAUGUAGACAGGAGGAAUAUGGCCUUUCCAAACUACAUGCCCUUGGUCUGUUUGGCAUGUAGGCAGAUAAUUAUAUGUCCACUUUAUUUUCUACUUCAAAGUAUCUCUUUUCCAAUCUACCAUGUCUCCAACCUGAUCACCAAGUCCUGAAAGUUUAUAGGGUCUGUGUUUGACAUUUGAGAUAUUAACAGAACAAGCAUCACUUAUAGUGGGGAGAUGCAUUAAGCUAUUCUCUGGAUAUAAUUGGCUUUGUAGUAUGCACUAUAUUGAAGCUAUGUAAUUUUCUGCCCAGUAAAUAUAGACAACUCUUCCUGAUAAUACAAAUACAUGACCAAAAGGGACAGAAGGUAGUAAUUAAUAGACGCUGCAACAUCCAUGGAAGCCAGUAAACUCGUUCAGUUGAGGACACAGUCAUGUGCAUGUUUAUUCCCAUUCUAUCCUUAGUAACUACAACAGUUAAUGCUCCUGGUAGAAAUAUAAUAGUGUAUUACACUACCACACAUACAAAUACUAUUAAUAGUUUGCAUUACUUGCUGGCUCUCAACAUCAUUUGCUAAAAAUGUAUUUUGAAAAUGAUCAGUGCCAAUAACACAACUACUAUAGUAUUAUGGUGUGCCAUCUCCAAGGUAGUAUACUACUAGAUUAUAUCUGGAGGUCAAUGAGAGGGAACUCUGAGGUUCCUCCACCUUAGUGAUAAUACAACUCUCAGCAUGUCCAGUUAGACUUGCAGCACCUCAUCAGCUGCCUUCAGACUGCCUUCCUCUGCAGUAGGUGAUCGGGAAUGGACUGGGGGGGGGG